AUGGCCGUCAGGGAAUCAUCAAGACACCUGGCACGGUCUGUGCCUAGGGCAUUUGUGCCCUGCAACCGCACACCGGCAUUCCUUGGCCGCCGCAAUGCCUCUGACGAGGCUCCAAGCCGGCGUCUGUCGGACCAACUGGACGAGCUCGAGACCGCGUCGUCCUUGAGUGCGACUGUCCCCGAAGAUGUCGCAAAGUCCUUCGACCCGGUGGCCCGCUCAAAGGGUCGCAAGUCCCAGCUUCCUCGGUCUCGCUACCAAUUCCGUUCUCCCAAAUACGACCGCGGUCCUCUUCACCCUCAUCAACCUCCUCCUCCUUCAGAUCCCUCCUCCCGUCUCUUUGUUCCUGGACCCUUCUCCCUUCCGCGGGCCCAGCAGACCUAUAAUGCCACCGUCGCGUCCGACAUUCUGACCCUAUGUUACGUUCACACACCUCCGGGCUUCAAGGCUCCUGUCAAGGCGCCUCGUCUGCGUGAGUGGGAUGAGAGCUCUCCAUACCACAAGAACCGACCUCUCCGCGGUCCUCGCGGUGGUGAUGUACUCCGCUUGCUCCGCAAACCGAUCAAGUUCAACAAUAUCCCCGAGAUCGAGCGAAUCACGAUCCACAGCUACGUCAAGGGUGCUGCGCAGGAAAACUCAGGCUGGCUGCACGUUGCUGGUAUGGCUGUGCAGGCCAUUUCCAACGUCCGUGUGGAGACCUCCAAGUCCAGGGCUAGCGUUGCUACAUGGAGUAUUGCGCCCGGCCGUGACACUGUCGCUGUCAAGGCGGAGAUGUACGGCGAGACCAUGUAUCAUUUCCUCAGCAAGCUAGUUGAUGUGGUUCUUCCUCGCAUCAAGGACUGGCCGGGCGUCAAGGGCAGCAGUGGUGAUAGCAGCGGCAAUAUUACGUUUGGUCUGGAACCAGAACAGGUUGCCUUGUUCCCGGAGAUUGAGGUCAACUACGACAUGUACCCUCCCAAGAUGAUUCCUGGUUGCCACAUCACCCUCCACACCACCGGCAAGUCCGACAAGGAUGCUCGCCUUCUGCUCAGUGCCAUGGGCGUGCCGUUCUACGGAAAGAUCGUGCACUAG